AUGAUUCAAUGGAAAACUAAGUCAGGUGGACAACUUCUAUACAGUGGACACGAAUAAUCCAUCGAUUGCAUCAGGGCUAUAACUCUGGACACCUUUGCUACUGGUUCAGUCGAUGCCAAUGUCAAUUUGUGGAAUGUCAAAAAAAGGAAGCCUCUAUUUGAACUCCACAAACCUCAUGGCGACAGAUGGAUAACUGCGCUGGGAACCGUUUACAAUAGUGACCUUCUGGUUUCGGGAUCCUAUGAUGACAAUCUGAACAUCUACAAGGUCACGAACAAGGACAUUACAAAAGUCAGGUCUUUGCAGAGUUUUGGAAUCGUUAAUCACAUCAAUGUGUUUGAUAAUAAGAUCCUCACUGUUGAGAGUCAGGAACAUCGUUUGGGGAGGUGGGUUACUUCAACGAAAAGCAAAAAUUUAAUUGUGUUGUAUUUAUGA